UAUCAAUCGGCUUCCAUCACCAGUUAUCUCUAAUAAAAGUCCCUUUGAAGUAUUAUUUGGGAAGGUUCCUAGUUACGAUCACUUACGAGUCUUUGGGUGUUUGGUGUACGCUCAUAACAAUAAGCAAAAUGAUAAGUUUGGUGAAAGGGGGAGUCCGUGUAUUUUCAUUGGAUACCCAUAUGGACAAAAAGCCUAUAAAGUCUUUGAUCUACAAAAACACUCGGUAUAUAGUUCCCGUGACGUGACAUUUUUUGAAGAAAACUUUCCAUUCAGAAAUAUUGAAAAUAAUGGCGAGGAUGAUUUGAGAACUAUAAUUGACCGAGUCUAUCAAAAUUUGUUCCUUCCAAGUUCUACGACUUUUCGGCCUGGCAUGUCAUCUACUGGAUCAAAUUUUUAUGGUUUUGAACAAUUUCCAUGCACCCAAAAUAAUGGUGGCCCUGUAGCAAGUCCUGACAGUCAAGACUCUUCUAGUAGAGGACAAAAGGAUGCAGGAGAUGAGUCCGAAAAUAUUAGGCAGCCAUCAAGUGGGAGUCAUGUCCCUGGACAACUAAACGUGGAUGGAGGAAACUCUUUGGAUAGUGGCUCCCACCUAGGACAGCUCACACAUGAGUUACCACAUGGAAGUCAUCUUACUGGACAACUCAACAUGGAUGGUGGUCACCUCUUGGACGGAAACACCCAUCUAAAUAAAGAAACAGAAGAGUCUAGCCACCAAAUGGGGUCAUAUUCUCCGACUGCCGUAAUUGAAAAUAAUACACGUGAUGGCCUAAAGAGAGGAGAUAGGAUCCGGAAAUAUCCAAAGCACCUCGAAGAUUACGAGAUUGACUUGCCCCCCUCACUUGAUCAUUCACGGAAUACCGCCCAUUCAGCAAACUCGACGGUAUAUCCUAUUUCCCAUUUCAUUCGUUAUGAUAAAUUUUCUCCUUCUCAUAAAGCCUUUUUAGCGGCCAUCACCUCACGUGAUGAGCCCAAAUAUUUCUCACAUGCUGUACAGGAUCCUCUAUGGAGAGAGGCUAUGCAGAAAGAAAUUGCGGCCCUGGAAGAAAAUAACACUUGGACACUGGUUAACUUACCUCCGGGAAAGAAAAUUGUGGACUCUAAAUGGGUUUACAAAAUUAAAUAUAAACCCAAUGGUGACGUGGAGCGUUACAAAGCUAGACUAGUAGCCAAGGGUUUUACUCAAGUUGAGGGAGUUGAUUUUCACGAAACAUUUGCACCUGUUGCCAAACUUGUCACUGUGCGAUGCAUGUUAUCAGUUGCAGCUAAACGCAAUUGGGACGUACACCAGCUAGAUGUAAAUAAUGCUUUUCUACAUGGUGACCUAUCAGAAGAUGUUUAUAUGCGUAUCCCCCAGGGAUUCAGUAAAAAUAAUGAUACCCGUGUUUGCAAAUUACAAAAAUCUCUAUACGGGUUACGUCAAGCUUCUCGUAAUUGGUAUAAGAAAUUCACUCAAGCUCUCACGGGAGUAGGUUUUCGUCAGUCAAAAGCCGAUCACUCAUUAUUUAUUUUUCGACAGGGCACCAUUUACACUUUUGUUCUUAUCUAUGUUGAUGAUGUCCUGUUGGCCGGUAAUGAUACCACUCACAUCUCCUCGGUGAAAAAUUACCUGGACAAAAAGUUUAGCAUCAAGGAUUUGGGAAAACUAAAAUAUUUUCUGGGCAUUGAAGUUGCUCGUUCUCCUGAGGGUUUUGUUUUGAGCCAGCGAAAAUAUACUCUUGACAUCUUGGAGGAAAGUGGAUUACUAGCAGGCCGCCCCAGCUCCUUCCCCAUGGAGCAAAAUUUGAAACUUCGCCCGAACGAUGGUAGCAAACCAGUAGACGCACAUUCAUAUCGACGACUUAUUGGCCGUUUAUUAUAUCUUACGGUGACUCGUCCUGAUAUUGUCUACUCUGUGAGUCAGCUUAGCCAAUUUCUCAGCAAACCACUCCAAACACAUCUUGAUGCAGCCAUACGCGUUCUUCGCUACCUAAAACAAACACCUGGCCAGGGAAUAUUUUUAUCAUCUGAUGAUGACCUCACUUUGAAAGGUUAUUGUGAUGCAGAUUGGGCAGGGUGUUCUUUCACUCGACGUUCCAGCACUGGGUAUUUUAUCACCCUUGGUAGUUCACCUAUAUCUUGGCGAACUAAGAAACAAUCUGUAGUCUCUCGAUCUUCCGCUGAAGCAGAAUACCGUGCCAUGGCCGUCACAGUUAGUGAAAUAAUAUGGUUGCGGUGGUUAUUGCAAGAUCUUACAGUUACUCUCAGAGGUCCCACUCCCCUUUACUGUGACAACCAAUCAGCCUGUCACAUUGCACUCAACCCAGUCUUUCAUGAGCGGACAAAACAUGUUGAGAUGGACUGCUAUUUUGUACGAGAAAGAGUUGCAAGUAAUGAAAUUCAGCCACUUUAUAUCUCCACAGUCCAUCAAGUGGCUGACAUAUUUACCAAAGCACUUGGUACCGAUCGCUUUCAGUUCCUCCGUAGCAAGUUGGGUGUUCGUAAUCUUCACACGCCACCUUGAGGGGGAGUGUUGAAGAAAUAUUUUAGAUAAUUGUAUUUUCCAAUAAUGCACUGUCUUGAUUGAUGUAAACUUUACUUACGUGGGUUACAUGCUUACAUGUUUUGCAUGGACCCAUACCCAUGUCUCCAUCUUUAAUUUAUUUCUUCACCAUAUUGUAUUAUAUAUAGCAUACGUAUGCUAUGGAAUAAGCAAGUGAAUCAUUUUUCUCCUAAUACAAAGCUUCCGCACUUGGAAUGGUUUCUUCCUUUAGUUAUUAUCUUUAUUUUUAACAGGUUGUUCACUACCUUUUUCGAGGCAAUGGGAGGAAAGAAACCAAAGAGCAUAUUCACUGAUCAGUCCGCUGCUAUAUCUGCGGUAGUUGAUGAGCUAUUACCUCAAUCCCAUCAUGGGUUGUGUUUGUGGCAUUUAUGUCAAAAUGCGGCAAAAAAAUUGAGUUGUAACGGAUACAAAACAUUUUCACAACAAUUCAAAUCAUGCAUUUAUGAUCCAGAAACUGUUGAAGAGUUUGAGCAUAGUUGGGACAAGUUACUUGAAGAAAAUGGACUUCAAGAUAAUGAAUGGUUACGAAGAACAUAUGAAGUGAGGAAAAAAUGGGCACAAGUAUAUAGUCGCUCUCACUUUUGUGCAGGUAUGACCACCUCACAGAGAAGUGAGAGUAUAAAUAAAUUCCUCAAGGGCUACUUCACACAUGGAAAAAUUGUGCUACAAGAAUUUGUGCGCAUGUACUCCAGAGCAAUGAAUGACCGUCGUGAAAAAGAAAGGGAGGCCGAGCAUAAAACAAUCCAAACAACACCAAACUUUAUAUCUAAUUGGGCAGUUGAACGUGAAGCAGCGAAAAAGUACACAAGGAAGAUAUUUAACUUGUUUCAACAAAGUGUUAAGAAAAUCAUUGAUUUGUCACUUGAGUUGGAGCAUGAUGAUGGGAAUGUGAGUACUUAUAAAGUGAGAGAAAUUGAAGGUCGGCAAAGGGUUCGCACUGUUAGAUACAAUCAGUUGGCUGAAGUGGUGGCUUGCUCAUGUAGGAAGUUUGAGUUCCAAGGAGUUUUAUGCUCACAUGGGUUGAAAUUGUUUCGUCACUUAGAGAAAAACAGUUUGCCGCCUCAAUAUUACUUGAAAAGAUGGACAAGAGAUUCUACUUAUCAAGAUAUUUGUGAUCCCAAUGGAGAGAUAAUUCCAAAUGAUAAUGAUCCAACGCUAACUACUCGAUACAGCGAGUUAUCACAUAUUUCACAAAGAAUUGUUUCCAAAGGCUCGAGAAGCAUAGAUGUUUUUAACAUGUGCAAGUGUCUAUUACUUAAGGUCGAGGCAAAUAUUGAUGCAUGCCCGGGUACUACCAUAGAUGAAAACAAUCUGAACUCAGUCAUGGUUGAUGACCAAUCAACACCAAACCUCCUGACCAAUUGUCUUUUGCGAGAUCCAAAAAAACGAAGGUCAAUAUCAAACAAAAGAAUUAAAAGUGCACUGGAAAAAAGGUCACAGAAGAAGGCUCACAGAAAGUGUGGUCCAUUGAACCCCAAUCAUGCUAUGGAGCCGAUAAAUGGCCUCGUCUCACAUGGAAGUUGUAGCAGCAAAGGUUCAGAAAUGAUGGAACAGAAUGUUUUACACACAAAUGCAAUGAUUCCAGUUCAAAGUGCCUUCCAUCCAUGGUAUGUAAUCUGGGAUCGUAUCAGUUUAGUUUCAAAGCCAUAUUAUUAAUUUGUAAGUUUGUAAUAAGCACAUCUGUUUUAUUUUUCAGGUUUUAAAACGGUGAUGGAAUUAUUUUUGAAGCUUUUUUGGGUAUGAUUGUUGAGUACAUAGUAUUGUUGCUCAUGCAGACUCAUAAAACUUUAUAUAUAACUUAUCCCAAGGGGAUAAUUGAUUUUUGAAUCCCUAUUCACCUUUAUAUGGUUUUUUUUUAUGUUUUUGUUGGGAUUGAACGGGACAUAUUGUAGGUCUGUCGGAUUAUUUGAUUUUUUGAUUUUUUGCUCGACUGGGUUUAUGUGUAGAAAGGUUUUAGUCCUAUGUCAAAUGUGUUGCUUAUUGCUUAUGAAUUAUGGUUUUGAAGGGAAAACGCCUGGCUGUUUUGUAGUGUAUAUUAUUAACAUAUUAGUGUCAUUUACAGUAUGUCUG